AUGGGCUUCCUCAAGUCAAAGCCGGCCAAAAAGAUGGCCGUACAAGCCGUCGGGUCUGACUUGCUCGCAAUGUUGGCCUCCACUCCCGUCCCCUUCAUUGCGCGGGCAUCGACAACAGGGGACGCAAGCGGCGAUGCCUCCUCGCCUCUCGUUGAUUACGAGGUCAAGGAGAUCCAGGAGAAUGUCCGUCUCGAGAACGAGCCGGUACCCAAGCCUUCGUACCUUGAACUCGUCAGGAUAGCACACAACCGCCACCGUACGCUCAUUGCUGCCAUCCGCGGUCUCGGAGCCCAGUUGAAAACGUUGCGGAUAGGAAGGUGUAAGGUGGUAGACCAAACCCAAGUUGAAGAACACCUACGUAGGCGCGAACGUGCUGCGCUCUGCAAUCGACAUUCAAGGUUCAUCUCCAUUCCACAGAUCCUCUUACACUACUGGCCUACGCAAAUUUGUAGAGCUACACCCCAUGAUGGGUGGACUUUCAUCCGAAUUCCAGCUACCAAGUUCGCCCUACCGGUGCUUCUUCUUAGCGUCACAUUUGCUCGGGAUGAAUCCCAGCCCAUUGGAAAAUUCUAA